CUGCCGAUAGGAAGAAAAAGUCAGAAGUUCGCGCUCGUCUGUCGGCGAGAGUUGAGCAGAGCGACAGCCGCUGGGCGGAAGGAACGGCAGGAGAGAGAGAGGAAGGGAGAAGACGGACGAGCGAGCGCGAAGGGAUCACACGGCGCAGACAUGCCCGGUAAAUUCACCGUGGUGCCAGUGAAGGACAGCGGCAGGAAGCCGGAGGACGAGGAUGUGGAGGAGAACAGCGUCCUGAAGGAGGAGGGGGAGGACGGGACAGGUGAUGGCGUCCCGAAGGAGAACAGUCCCUUCAUCAACAACACUGAAAACGACAAGGGCAACAGCUAUGAUGGCACAAACAUGGCUCUCUUUGAGGAGGAGAUGGACAGCAACCCCAUGGUGUCGUCGCUCCUCAAUAAGCUGGCCAACUACACCAACCUCACGCAGGGAGCCCACGAGCACGAGGAGGCCGACGACGAGGAGGGCGCCAAGAAGAAGGCCGUCAAGAGCCCACAGAUGGGGACCUUCAUGGGCGUCUACCUCCCCUGCCUCCAGAACAUCCUGGGCGUCAUCCUGUUCCUGCGUCUGACCUGGAUCGUGGGCACCGCCGGCAUCUUGGAGUCGCUGGUCAUCGUGGGCCUCUGCUGCUGUUGUACCAUGCUGACGGCCAUCUCCAUGAGCGCCAUCGCUACCAACGGCGUUGUGCCAGCUGGAGGCUCCUACUACAUGAUCUCCAGAUCUCUGGGUCCCGAGUUCGGUGGCGCUGUGGGUCUUUGUUUCUACCUGGGCACCACGUUCGCUGGCUCCAUGUACAUUCUGGGAACUAUAGAGAUUCUGCUGACGUACAUUUGGCCCAAGGCUGCCAUCUUUAUAGCAGAGAAGAAGGAGGAUGAGACGGAGGCCCUGCUCAACAACAUGCGCGUUUACGGCUCGUGCUGCCUGGCCAUGAUGGCCUUGGUCGUCUUCGUGGGGGUCAAGUAUGUCAACAAGUUGGCCCUGGUCUUCCUGGCCUGCGUCAUCCUGUCCAUCCUCGCCAUCUACGCCGGAGUCAUCAAGAGCAUCUUCGAGCCUCCUGACUUUCCAGUCUGCAUGUUGGGAAAUCGCACUCUGCAGAACCACCACUUUGACAAGUGUCUGAAAACGGAGGUCGUAGGCAACGAGACCGUCACCACCGACCUGUGGAAGCUGUUCUGUGACGGGCCGGACCUGAACGCCACCUGCAACGAGUACUUCACCAACAACAACGUGACAGAGAUUCAGGGCAUCCCGGGUUUGACCAGCGGAGUCAUUACAGACAACAUGUGGUCCCAGUACGGGCCUCUGGGUAUGUUGGUAGAGGGCAAGAAGCUGUCAUCGUCUGGGGGAAGCGACUCAUCCCAGGACGCCUACAUGCCGUAUGUCAUCAACGACAUCAUGACCUUCUUCACGCUGCUGGUCGGCAUCUACUUCCCAUCAGUCACCGGCAUCAUGGCUGGUUCCAACCGGUCCGGUGACCUGCGCGAUGCCCAGAAGUCCAUCCCCAUCGGGACCAUCCUGGCCAUCGCCACCACCUCCACCAUCUACAUCACCUGCGUGGUGCUGUUCGGUGCCUGCAUUGACAGCGUUUUGCUUCGAGACAAGUUUGGCGACUCUGUCAAAGGGAACCUGGUCAUAGGCACGCUGUCCUGGCCCUCGCCCUGGGUCAUCGUGAUCGGAUCCUUCUUCUCCUGCUGCGGAGCCGGCCUGCAGAGCUUGACCGGCGCCCCGCGCCUGCUGCAGGCCAUCGCCCGGGACGGCAUCGUGCCCUUCCUACAGGUGUUUGGUCACGGCAAGGCUAACGGGGAACCCACCUGGGCCCUGCUGCUGACGGCCGGCAUCUGUGAGAUCGGCAUCCUCAUUGCCUCGCUGGACUCCGUGGCCCCUAUUCUCUCCAUGUUCUUCCUCAUGUGUUACCUGUUUGUGAACCUUGCCUGUGCUGUUCAGACGCUGCUGCGGACUCCCAACUGGAGACCACGCUUCAAAUACUAUCACUGGGCUCUGUCCUUCCUGGGGAUGAGCCUGUGCCUCGCUCUCAUGUUCAUCUCCUCCUGGUAUUACGCCAUCGUUGCCAUGGUCAUCGCUGGUUGCAUCUACAAGUACAUAGAGUACAGAGGGGCAGAGAAGGAGUGGGGCGACGGCAUCCGCGGCCUGUCUCUCAACGCCGCCCGCUACGCUCUGAUUCGCCUGGAAGAGGCUCCACCGCACACCAAGAACUGGAGGCCUCAGCUGCUGGUGCUGCUCAACGUGGACUCAGACCAGGCCGUCAAACACCCUCGUCUUCUGUCCUUCUGCACGCAGCUGAAGGCAGGGAAAGGCCUGACCAUAGUGGCCAAUGUUUUAGAGGGAACGUACCUCACCAAGGAGGCAGAAGCCAAGAAGGCUGAGCAGAACAUCAAGGCCUCCAUGUCAGCGGAGCGCACCAAAGGCUUCUGUCACGUCGUGGUGUCGUCCAACCUCCGAGACGGCGUCUCCCACCUCAUUCAGUCUGCGGGGCUGGGUGGCAUGAAGCACAACACGGUCCUGAUGGCCUGGCCCGGCACCUGGAAGCAGUCCAACGACCCGCAGUCAUGGAGGACCUUCAUUGAGACGGUGCGGGAGACGACGGCGGCCCACCAGGCCCUGCUGGUGGCCAAGAACGUGGACAGCUUCCCCACCAACCAGGAGCGCCUGGGCGAGGGCACCAUCGACGUGUGGUGGGUGGUCCAUGACGGAGGCCUGCUGAUGCUGCUGCCCUUCCUGCUGCGGCAGCACAAGGUGUGGCGGAAGUGUAAGAUGCGCAUCUUCACGGUGGCGCAGAUGGACGAUAACAGCAUCCAAAUGAAGAAAGACCUGCAGAUGUUCCUGUACCACCUGCGACUGGACGCUGAGGUGGAGGUGGUGGAGAUGCACGAUAACGACAUCUCAGCUUUCACCUAUGAGAAGACGCUUGUGAUGGAGCAGAGGUCUCAGAUGCUGAAGCAGAUGCACCUGUCCAGGACUGAGAGGGAGCGAGAGAUUCAGAGUAUCACUGAUGAGUCCCGUAGCUCGAUCCGAAGGAAGAACCAAGGUGCUUCCGAAAGCGCCAACCUCAGCCGUCAGUCCUCGCCGAUGGAGGACACGCAGGAGGACGAGGCCCAGCUCAUCCAUGACAGGAACACGGCCUCUCACGCCUCCGUGAACGACAAGGCCGACGCCGGGCCCGAGCGGGUUCACAUGACGUGGACCAAAGAGAAGCUCUUCACGGAGCGCAGCCGGAACCGGGAGGGCGCGGCCAGCGUGGCCGUGCGCGACCUCUUCAACAUGAAACCAGAGUGGGAGAGUCUGAACCAGUCGAAUGUCCGCCGGAUGCACACGGCCGUCAAGCUGAACGAGGUGGUGGUCAACAAGUCCCAGGGCGCUCACCUGGUUCUGCUCAACAUGCCUGGACCGCCGAGGAACCGAGGCGGCGACGAGAACUACAUGGAGUUCCUGGAGGUUCUCCUCGAGGGCCUGAACCGGGUGCUGCUGGUGCGGGGCGGCGGCCGUGAAGUCAUCACCAUCUACUCCUAGGACAACGAGAUUGCCGACGCUGUCACGCCCCACCCUGCGCUCAUGGGCCGCUGCGGACGUCCCCGUCGCUGGGCAUUCUGUGGGAACAAGCCUGUGUGGGAUUUAAGGAAGGGCGGGGUUUGUUGGAAGGCGGGACCACUUGUGAUUGACAGACAGCCUGAAGAGCCUCCGGAUGAGGGGGACGGUUGGUGUGGACUCAGCAGCCUGGUUGAAGGAGGGAGCACAGUGUGUGUCCACGCUGGGACAGACCCACUGCGCACGGACGACAAUAGAGACACUUUAUAUUUUCUGUUCUGUUUCUUCUUUGUAUCUUUUCCCUCUUGUGUUGUUUUGUUGUUAAGUUACACAAGUUACGCACUUAUUGUGUAAAGACAAGCAAGAAGUGAACGUGUACAGCUGAUAAGAAGCUCGUAAGUCUUUUCCAUUCGUCUGGUUCACUCAACUCUGGGAACUGCAGAGACAAGUAGAAAUAAAACGUAGAUCUUAAGAAUCAAAUACGCACAGGAAGCAACUGCGCUGCACGAAGCCCAGUGAUUCUGCCACAUCUUAGUUUGCUGAUGCUGCUUUUGUUGCUGUGGUCUCGUUGUGAUGUUGCUGCCGUGUCACCUUUCGCACCCUGACGACGGCUUUUCAGUCAGUCAACGCUGUUACGUGAUAGAGAUGAGAUGGAUGCACGUGUGUGGAGCCUGCAGUAGGAGGUCGAACCACAGUAAACCGGCCGCAUGAGUCAAUUUGCCUUCAAAUUAGUUCUCGCUCAACAAAAGCUACUUUUACAUGUAAAGCACACAGUGACGGGACUGUUGAGUUUGCACUAAUGUGGACUCUCCUCUGUCGCCACUUUACUGCAUUGAAACGACAGCAAGCCGUUCUAAAAUGUUUAAUGUUUUUAUAAAGUCUAACCACGAUAAAGACGAGUAGACGAAUCCUGGUAAUUUUGUGAACAUGUGUAGUAAAAGUGCCAAAGUGACGAAGGAAACUUUGGAAGUGUUGCCUCUGCUUCUCCCAGCGUGGCCGGACUCCAACCUUAAGUCUUAGGAGGCCGUGAACUCCUAAAGAAGUCUGCACGACGUCACAAUUCAGGCCCGCGAAGAUUUCAAGCCUGAAGUUUGUAGGGAGGUCGGAGCGAAGAAGGAGGGCGAUGGAAGCUUUGACACAGUUCCUGGUCAGAGUUAGCUGCAGUGUUUUGUCUCUGGGCCGAUGUUCUGUUGUGUUUCUUGUUCCGUUGUUGAUGCCCAUGGAACCACGUAGCUCUGGUCUCUGUAGUGUGUGAGGUGAUCGCUCGUCCCCCUUUUUUUUAAGGCAGGAGGCAGAGAGGAGGAGCCCUGGACCGAAGCAGCAGCAUCCAGGGCUCAAGCAAUGGUUCAUUGUCGCUUUCUAUAUAAAGGUCAUUUAUUUCAGUGUCUUUGCUCAGUUUGAUAUUUUAGCCAUAAAAUAUGCAUAAUGAUAUGUGUACAUGCACCUGACAUUGUCUAGUCCAAUGAGGUUAACUAUGAUGUUACUGAGCUGUAAAGUAGGACUGUAGCUGAGCGCAAUAAUAUAUCAAGCCCAUCAGACCUACAGACGAUGCUACAUGCGCUGCUGGAGCGGAGCUAGUAUCGGCACUAAUGGUUGAGGUGACUGGAGAAUGUGAUCUACCUCAACGCGUCACUGAGGCUCCGCUGCACAUAUACAAACCUGUUACAUGUGGAUCAAGACGACAUGAAGCCUCAGCUUUGUGGGUCGGCGGCAGACGAGUGUGUGUUUGCGUGUGUGUGUUUGUGUGUGUUCCCGCCUCACAGGCCGAAACUGGAAGUUAUUUGUGGGCGCAUAUGUAAAGGAUAAAGCCCUGUGAAUUGUAUUUGUGCCUCUCUGAGUAAUUAUUAAAAGUGCUGAAAUAAA